AUGGCUGCCCCGAUGCAAGUGGAUGAAGCUGUUCCAGGGGAUUCUAUUGACGAGGGAUUAUAUUCUCGUCAACUCUAUGUACUGGGUCAUGAAGCAAUGAAGAAAAUGGCUGCUUCAAACGUCCUCAUUGUAGGCAUGAAAGGUCUAGGUGUCGAAAUCGCCAAGAAUGUUGCUCUGGCUGGUGUCAAGACAGUAACAAUCUAUGAUCCCGCACCUACGGAAAUUGCGGAUUUAGGUACUCAAUUCUUCCUUCGUGAAGAGGACGUCGGCAAACCCCGAGCUGAAGUAACCAGACCAAGGUUGGCGGAGCUGAAUUCUUAUGUCCCUGUUAAAUUGCUCGAGGGAAGUGGAGAAAUCACAUCGGAUAUGGUAGCUCCCUAUCAAGUAGUAGUGUUGACAAAUGCUACUAUUGCUAAACAAGUGGAGAUCGAUGAAUUCUGUAGAGAAAAGGGAAUUUACUUCAUCUCCGCCGACGUUAGAGGUCUCUUUGGAUCCGUGUUUAAUGAUUUUGGAAAAGAUUUCGCAUGUGUUGAUGCAACAGGAGAGAAUCCCCAAUCCGGUAUUAUAGCGGCUGUCGACGAGGAUGAAGAGGGUAUAGUGACUUGUCUUGACGAGACCAGGCAUGGAUUAGAAGAUGGAGAUUUCGUCACUUUUUCUGAAGUCAAAGGUAUGGAAGGUUUGAACGGAUGUGACCCUAAGAAGAUCACGGUGAAGGGACCAUACACUUUCGCUAUUGGUGAUACUCGUGGUUUGGGUCAAUACAAGACCGGCGGUGUCUUUACCCAAGUCAAGAUGCCCAAGAUUCUUCAAUUUAAAUCACUCAAAGAAUCACUCACUAACCCCGAACUUUUCAUCACCGAUUUCGCCAAAUUCGAUCGACCUGAAACUCUUCACGCCGGUUUCCAAGCUCUCUCCACAUUCUACGAGAAAGCCGGACGUCUUCCCCGACCUAGAAAUGCUGAAGAUGCCGCUACCAUCUUAUCACUUGCCAAGGAGAUCGCUGGUGCAAACGCUGAAUUAAAUGAGAAAGUUUUACAAGAGCUUUCAUUCCAAGCUACCGGAGAUGUUUCCCCUAUGGUCGCUGUUAUCGGUGGUUUCGUUGCUCAAGAAGUCCUCAAAGCGUGUUCCGCUAAGUUCCAUCCCAUGCAACAAUCUAUGUACUUCGACUCUCUCGAAUCCUUGCCAAAACAAUUACCAUCAGAAGAAGACGCUCAACCUGUUGGAUCCAGAUACGACGGCCAGAUCGCUGUAUUUGGAAAGACCUUCCAAGAGAAGUUGUUCAACAACAGACAAUUCCUUGUUGGAUCUGGAGCUAUCGGGUGUGAAAUGCUCAAGAAUUGGAGUAUGAUGGGUCUUGCCACUGGACAGAACGGUAUCAUCCAUGUAACGGAUCUUGACACUAUUGAAAAAUCAAAUCUGAACCGACAAUUCUUGUUCCGUGCCAAGGAUGUGGGCAAAUUCAAGGCUGAAUCAGCUGCUGCUGCUGUUGCCGAAAUGAAUCCUAAUUUAAAGGGAAAGAUAGUUGCCCAUCAAGAUAGGGUUGGAGCUGAGACGGAACAGGAAUACGGAGAUGAUUUCUUCGCUGCUAUUGAUGGUGUCACAAACGCUUUGGAUAACGUUGCUGCUCGUCAAUACAUGGACAGACGAUGUGUCUUUUACCAAAAACCGUUGCUCGAAUCUGGUACUCUCGGUACUAAAGCAAACACUCAAGUCGUCAUACCGUUCUUGACUGAAUCGUAUUCCUCUUCUCAAGAUCCUCCAGAGAAAUCCAUCCCGUCGUGUACAGUCAAGAACUUCCCAAACGCGAUUGAACACACUAUCCAGUGGGCGAGGGAAGCAUUCGAUUCACUUUUCGUCAACCCACCUACAACAGUUAAUCUUUAUCUUUCUCAACCUAAUUUCGUGGAAACAACUCUUAAAUCAUCGGGGCAACAUCACGAUCAACUGAAACAAAUCGAGAAAUAUCUCAAGAAUGAAAGACCGAAGAGCUUCGAAGAUUGCAUCAAAUGGGCUAGAUUGCAAUACGAGAAUGAUUAUGUCAAUGACAUAAAGCAAUUACUGUUUAACUUGCCCAAAGAUCAGAUCAAUUCGAACGGUACUCCGUUCUGGUCAGGACCGAAACGGGCUCCAGACGCUUUGAAAUUUAACAUUGACAAUCCCCUCGAUAUGGAAUAUUUGGUUGCUGCCGCCAACUUGCAUGCCUUCAACUACGGUUUCAAGGGCGAGCGUGAUCUCGCACUAUUCAGAAAGGUGGUCGAGUCCUUCGAAGUUCCUUCCUUUACUCCUAAGAGCGGCGUCAAGAUUCAAGUUAACGAGAAUGAGCCCCCUCCCACACAAGAUGACGGUGACGAAGAUGUUGAUUCACUUGUAGCAUCCUUGCCAUCGCCAUCAUCGCUUGCAGGAUUCAGACUUCAACCUGUCGAUUUCGAGAAAGAUGAUGAUUCCAACCAUCACAUUGACUUCAUCACUGCUGCUUCAAACCUUCGGGCUACUAACUAUGGUAUCACCCCGGCUGAUAGACAUAAGACCAAGUUGAUCGCUGGUAAGAUCAUACCCGCUAUCGCGACUACAACUGCUCUAGCAGUAGGUUUGGUCUGCUUAGAGCUUUACAAGAUCAUUGACGGAAAGAAUGAACUUGAGGACUUCAAGAACGGUUUCGUCAAUCUCGCUUUACCAUUCUUUGGUUUCUCGGAACCUAUUGCAGCUGCCAAGCAAAAGUACGGUGAAACUGACUGGACUCUAUGGGAUCGAUUUGACAUCGAUGGCAAUCCAACCUUACAAGAAUUCAUCAAUUGGUUCAAGGAUAAUCACAAACUAGAAGUACAAAUGGUAUCUCAAGGAGUUUCCAUGUUAUGGUCAUCUUUUGUUCCUGCCAAAAAGGCCGCUGAUCGAAUGGGAAUGAGAAUGUCUGAACUUGUAGAACAUGUUUCGAAGAAACCAAUUCCACCAUGGACUAAAAACUUACUGGUGGAAGUGAUGGUCAACGACGAGGAUGAUGAAGACGUCGAAGUACCAUAUGUGCUAGUCAAGAUCUAA